UUCACAGACAAGCAUGAUCUGGUGCUGCGCUUCAAUCAUGCUCCAACCAUCAACUACGAGCAUGACGUCGGGACAAAGACGACCAUCCGAAUAGUAAACUCGCAAGUAGUUUCGAAACCAGAGUUUGACUUCCUAAAUUCACCCCUCUAUGAAGACGUGGCCUUGUUGGUGUGGGAUCCUAGCAACUACUCGGCCACACUGGAAGAGUGGUACGCCAACCCCGACUUCGACCUGUUCACGCCGUACUUCGUGCACCGCGAGCUGCACCCGGAGCGCAACUUCCACGUGCUGGAGCCGCGCUCGCUGUGGGCGCUGGCUGGCGCUGCUUUUACCACAUUGUGCUUAUGUGGAUCUCUUUGAAUAUGUGCCCUCCAUGCGUCUAACAAAGCGUUGUCAUUAUUGGGAGGCAGCUGAAGAUUUAUCCUGCACUUUUGGUGUUUGGCAUCCCUUGGCUGCAGAGAAACUGCUUGCUUUAGCUCUUAAUGUGGCUAACGACCAGACAGUAUAUACAACUGGUUAUAUACGUGUGUUAGGUUAUGACACGUUGAGAUGUUGAUAUUAUAUCAUGCCAUUGUCUCAUGCCUUUAAUUUGAAAAUGAGAGCAGAAAUAAGUCUUUAUAAAUGAACAGUCAAAUGUGCCAAAACUAGAAUAUUAUGUUUAUUUUAAAAUGGAGAGUGAACUCAUAUUACAUCACAAAACUAAUGGCUUUUCAGACAUAUGAAUGAUCAGAACUACUUUACACCCGAUAAAAUUCAUACUGAAAUUUGAUUUUGAAAACUAAAACUGUAUUAUAUCUAUACUUCUUCUAAUAUACUAUAUACUAUAAUAAUUUUUAUGAAAUAAUAUAAUAAUUUACUUGGCUUUCACAUUUUUCAUUAUAACAUAUUAGCAAUUUUUCUUCCCUUCAGAAGGGGUGCAUGCUAUUCAUAUAAAAUAUUAUUAAAAAUAACAUCAAAGAGUGAACACAAAAAGUAUUAAUGAAAUUUAAGCUAAAGGUUUGGCAAGUGUUUACUCUUUCAUUCACAAUCAAACUUAUAUUAUCUUCAAACAUACCUAAAGUUUAAAAAUGUGAAUUAAAACAUUCAGAUGAAAAAAUCAUUAUAUAAAAAAAAUUCCUAUUAUUAACAAAUUAAAAUAAAUGAGUUGUGAUCAUUCAUUUUUUAUUUGGCAAUUUGUGUAUUUGGAUUUGUUCAGUAUUCUCAAUGUCUAUGCUAAAUAUCUUUUACAUCUUUUAAAAAAAUUCAAAAAAUUGUUUGAUAUUCUCUUCCAUUUUUCUUCUGAAAAUUGUAAUUAACUUCUAAUGGAGUUUGUAUUUUUUAUUCAGAAUAUUCAUAAAACAAAUGGAAAUAUUGAAUAUUUUGUUACAAGUAGAUAAUGAGCUUUUUCGGUAAUAUAACAGAUGUGCAAAAAUAAACUUGAACAGUAAAUUUUAAAUUUGUUCAAGGAAGUGGCAGAUGUUAUUUUGAACACUACAGUAGAACGUGUGUUUUCUCCAAUGUGUGUCGAAAUGGUCAAUCAGUUUAUCAUUUCCCAAGACAAAAUCACAGUGUGAUAUUACUUCCAGGAACACAAUUUGAUGUAGAAUGUACCUGUGUUUGACCAUGCUGAAUAUGUCUGUAUUGCAUGGAAAAACAAUACAUCAGGAACUUUUUAGCAGUGUUGUCAUUAGUCAGUAUCCUUUACAGUGAAAUUCAGUGGAAUACAGAAAAUGUGAAAAUAACUGAAUGAGAUCUAGCUGCUUUGUAAGAAUAUUGUAAUGCAUUGAAUAACUUUCAUAAAUGAACUGUUUUACUGAUGGGAUUCUCUUUUUCUCAUGAUAUUACCCUCUUCACAUUGAUCUUUCUAAUUGUUGUUAGCAUUUUGGCAGACAUCAUGCAGUAUUUAAUAACUUACAUAUUGAAGCCAUAGAUUUGGGCAAUAAUUAUUAGAUUUUUAAUAUAUUUUUAAUUUUAUAAUGUAUGAACAAUAUGAAAAAUUUAACAAUUUGAAUAAGUAACCAGCUACGCACAUAAAUGAAAUGAAUAAACUCAUUCAUGAUGAAUGGUUUUAUAACAGGAAACAACAGUAAAUUUGCCAUACAUUCCCGUUAAAAAGAAAAUUAAAAACAGAAUCAGUAUCUAUUUGCAAAGAUAAUUUUCCAUUAAGUACCACUAAAUAUUACAGCCCUGUCAAUAUCUCAGUACAGAAUUUAUACAAUAAUUAACUAUUUUUUUGACUUUUAAUUAACUGAAACAUUUACUAUUAUCCUAAUUUUUUUCUUGUCUGAUAUAUGCACACCUACAUUUUCUUGAAGGAAAAUAACGUAGUUCUUUUUAAUUUGACAAUUCCUUCUUUGAUGUGAAACAAUACCAGAGUGAUGUUUUUCUAAUUAAAUGAGGGACUGAAAGAAGCCACAUCUUGUUAAAAUCAUAAAGUACAUUUGAAGAAAAAGAGAUCUGUUAAAUGUCCUUUUUUGUAAAAGUGAAAAUUGUCAUGAAGAUAAGCAAAUGAAUUUGAGAAAUCUUCAUGUCUAACAUUUGCCAGAAAGUAAUUUGCUUAAUGUUUCCUUUAGGUUGAUAGCUUUUCACCAAGGUGAUACUUUAUUGCAAUGCACAACUGAGGUCAGACUAUGUAGUCAGACUUGUAGUUCUUUCAUAAAAAACAUUCUUCAUGAGAAGUUUUUUUCAGACAUCUUUAGUGCUAUGGAUUCUCAAUAGCGUGUCUUCAAGAACUUUGAUUCUUUGAUGUAUUGAGUUUUCUUUCUUCCCCUUCGUAUUAUUUUUAUAAUUCAAAUUUUAUAGAGUUGAAAUAUUCAAAUUCUUUUUUCUCCUUUUCACAUUCAAAUUACUGAGGUUUCACUGUAAGCGAUAUUUACAAGUCAAUUUUCAGGUUCAGGAAAAUAAAUCUGAAUUCUCUGGCAUAACCUACUGUUACUAUUUUUCUAUAAGUUUGAACGUAAUUUUAUGAAAAAAUGCAACAAUUUUUUAAUAGCAAAAAUGUAUAACUUCAGAAAUAUGACUUAUCAUCAUUGUUUAAGAUUUAUUGAGAGAUAUGCAUUGAAAGAAAAAGUUAUUAAAGCAAAAGCCUCUUAUUUAAGAAUUUCUUAGAAGUUGAAUCUAAAGUUAUUUAGAGUAAUUUAUGAUGGAGUCGUAUCAACUUAAGAGGCAAGAAGCAGAAAUGUUAUUGUUCAAUAAUUUUAAAAGACACUAUCUUAAUAUUGUAAUUAUAUAUCCUAAAAAAUAUCAGUUGAUUUUAUUUGUUUCAAUUAUCUUGAAAGUGAAAGAUAUUUAUACCAUUAAUUGCUAUUUCAAUUCUAUUCAACAUUUUGCUCUUCUUUCUCUAUAUUUAUCCUUAUUUGUGACAUGUGUCUGAUGUAAGAUUUUAUGUAUUUUAGAUAUGUGUUUGAAGUAAGAAAGGUCAUCAAGAAAGUAUUAAAGAGUUAUAAGUUUGGAAAUGUGAUUUUCUAAAAAUAUUAACUGAUUUUAAUUUUUAAUUCACUGAAGUCUCACCGUAGAUGCAACUAAAAUUUGAGAGUCUAUAAUAGCCCAUUAUGAUUUUGAUCAAUC